AGCUCGAGGCCGUGGGGAAGCAGAUUCGCGACCUGGAACAGAAGCAGGCCCAGCUGAGAGAGCGGAGAGCCGCGCUGGAAUCAUCCCGGGCUGACGCUCACAAGUCCGGGGCCCGGUGCACCCAGGACGCGAUCUUCCCAGAUGUCCUUCACUGCGACGCCGGGACACCACGGACCCUGGGAGCAUCCACAGCGGAGGACGCGAGCUGGGUCCCGGGCGACUACUUCUCCCCCUCCUGCCUUCGAGAUCUCCAUCCAGAAUCGCUUCGCUCCCCUCCGCGAGACAGGACGCGACGCUGUGAUCAUCGGAGACUCCAUCGUCCGACACGUAAGUGCUACGUUAGCCGAAGGUAAAGUGCACACUCAUUGUUUGCCUGGUGCUCGUGUUCUCGAUGUUUCUGCGCAGAUACCCGCGAUCCUGAAGGACGGCGAGAGCCCCAGAGCGGUCGUGCUUCACGCCGGAGUUAACGACACCACGCUGCGGCAGACGGAGACGCUGAAGAGGGACUUCAGGAGCCUGAUCGAGACGGUUCGCAGCACGACGCCCGCGGCGACGAUCGUCGUGUCAGGACCACUGCCCACGUAUCGACGAGGACACGAAAGGUUCAGUAGACUUUUUGCUUUAAAUGAAUGGUUGUUGUCAUGGUGUAAAGAACAGAAACUGCUAUUUGUUAAUAACUGGAAUCUUUUCUGGGAGCGUCCUAGACUGUUUCGCGCUGAUGGAUUACACCCCAGCAGAAUUGGAGCGGAGCUUCUCUCUGACAGCAUCUCCAGGACACUUCGCUCCAUGUGACUAGAUUUAAACAAGCUCCAGUCUGGAUCCAGAACACCUGAGAAGAGAUGAUGCUGACCCUCAGAGGACCCCAGAUGAUGCUACCUUGAAUCAACAAACAGAACUAACAAUUAUUGCUAAAUGUGUCACUGAAUCAUAUAAUAACUUAAUUAAUAAUAUUGAUAGUUCAUCGUCUAGCUGACUACGUCUUAUAUUAUUAUUAUUUUUAUUUUUUCUAAAAUCCUGUCAAAUGUGCACAAACUACUAGCUACUACUAAAUAUUGUAGAAACAUAAUUUUCUGUAAAGUUGCUUUGUAACGAUUUAUUUUGUAAAAAGCGCUAUACAAAUAAACUUGAAUUGAAUUGAA